GCAUCAUGUCUGGUAGAGGGAAAGGAGGCAAAGGACUGGGGAAAGGUGGAGCGAAGCGGCACCGCAAAGUGCUUCGCGAUAACAUCCAGGGCAUCACCAAACCGGCCAUCCGCCGCCUGGCUCGCCGUGGCGGUGUCAAGCGCAUUUCGGGUCUGAUCUACGAGGAGACCCGCGGGGUGCUGAAGGUUUUCCUGGAGAAUGUGAUCAGGGAUGCUGUCACCUACACCGAGCACGCCAAGCGGAAGACGGUCACCGCUAUGGAUGUGGUGUACGCUCUGAAACGCCAGGGCCAGCGGCUUCAUCAUUCUCAGAGUCUGUGUUCCACAGUGUUUGUUAUCAUGGCCAGGACCAAGCAGACAGCGCGCAAGUCGACCGGAGGGAAAGCUCCCCGCAAGCAGCUGGCGACCAAAGCUGCCCGCAAGAGCGCUCCAGCCACGGGCGGCGUGAAGAAGCCCCAUCGCUACAGGCCCGGCACUGUGGCUCUGCGGGAGAUCCGCCGCUACCAGAAAUCCACCGAGCUGCUGAUCCGCAAACUGCCCUUCCAGCGCCUGGUGCGGGAGAUCGCUCAGGACUUCAAGACCGACCUGCGCUUCCAGAGCUCGGCCGUCAUGGCCCUGCAGGAGGCCAGCGAGGCUUACCUGGUGGGGCUCUUUGAGGACACCAACCUGUGCGCAAUCCACGCCAAGCGGGUCACCAUCAUGCCCAAAGACAUCCAGCUGGCCCGCCGUAUCCGCGGGGAAGGCGCCGGACUUCUUGGGCAGCAGCACGGCCUGGAUAUUAGGCAGCACCCCGCCCUGAGCGAUGGUCACCCCUCCCAGCAGCUUGUUGAGCUCCUCGUCAUUGCGGACGGCCAGCUGCAGGUGCCUGGGGAUGAUGCGGGUCUUCUUGUUGUCCCGGGCCGCGUUGCCGGCCAGCUCGAGGAUUUCAGCCGUCAGAAAACAAUAGGCCUGAUGCUGCACGUGAACCUAGCCCAGCUCACUUCUGAUAAAAAGACUACGACAGCGGUCAACUACUUCCGCUCCAUACAGAUCGUCACAAAGUGUUUUGUUCUGCACCUGAUGGCUUCUAUUUCAGUCGAAAAGGAGAGGACAUGUCAGCGAUCGGGUGAAGGAGCCGCAGUAAAUCGGGUUUUAAUCGAAAUGGGAGUCUUCAAUUCGCGAAAAAUAUUUUCGACAGCAAACAUUGCAAUUUACUCAGUGCCGCCACCAGCGGCUUCAUUUCUCACCCCGUUCACGUUGACAGAGACACUUUUUUGUGCAGAGUCCCGGAACAUGACCGACACCGCAGCCGCCGAAACCGCUCCUCCAGCCGCUCCCGCCGCCCAGGUCAAGACUCCCAAGAAGAAGAAGAAGGCGGCUCCCCGGAGCGGAGCAGCCGGUCCCAAGCUGGGCGAGCAGAUCCUCAAGGUUGUGGCGGAUUGCAGCGAUCGCAAGGGAAUGUCGCUGCCCGCCAUCAAGAAGGCGCUGCGCGGCAAAGGGCUGGAUGUGGAUAAACUCGGCUCCCAGAUCAAGCAAAGCAUCAAGAGGAAUGUGACGAAUGGCUUCCUGGUUCAGGUCAAGGGCACGGGCGCCUCGGGAUCCUUCAAAGUCCCUAAGAACACAGCCCCGGGAAAAGUGGGGAAGAAGGCGAAGGCAGCAGCUGGCAAGAAAUCUCCAGUGAAGAAAGCGGCAGCCAAGAAGUUGACGGCAAAGAAAGCAGCGGCCAAAAAAACUACAGUCAAGAAAGCAGCAGCCAAGAAAUCCCCAGCCAAGAAAGCAGCAGCUAAGAAAUCCCCAGCCAAGAAAGCAGCAGCCAAGAAAACAGCCAAGAAGUCGGCAACUCCAAAAAAGCCGGUGCAGAAAGCAGCCCCCAAGAAAAAGUCUCCUGCCAAGAAGGUGACGGCCGUCAAAAAAGUGGCCAAGGCGAGGGCCAAAGGAAAAGGAGGCAAAGGACUGGGGAAAGGUGGAGCGAAGCGGCACCGCAAAGUGCUUCGCGAUAACAUCCAGGGCAUCACCAAACCGGCCAUCCGCCGCCUGGCUCGCCGUGGCGGUGUCAAGCGCAUUUCGGGCCUGAUCUACGAGGAGACCCGCGGGGUGCUGAAGGUUUUCCUGGAGAAUGUAAUCAGGGAUGCUGUCACCUACACCGAGCACGCCAAGCGGAAGACGGUCACCGCCAUGGAUGUGACAGACACAGAGCGGCUUCAUCAUUCUCAGAGUCUGUGUUCCACAGCGUUUGUUAUCAUGGCCAGGACCAAGCAGACAGCGCGCAAGUCGACCGGAGGGAAAGCUCCCCGCAAGCAGCUGGCGACCAAAGCUGCCCGCAAGAGCGCUCCAGCCACGGGCGGCGUGAAGAAGCCCCAUCGCUACAGGCCCGGCACUGUGGCUCUGCGGGAGAUCCGCCGCUACCAGAAAUCCACCGAGCUGCUGAUCCGCAAACUGCCCUUCCAGCGCCUGGUGCGGGAGAUCGCUCAGGACUUCAAGACCGACCUGCGCUUCCAGAGCUCGGCCGUCAUGGCCCUGCAGGAGGCCAGCGAGGCUUACCUGGUGGGGCUCUUUGAGGACACCAACCUGUGCGCCAUCCACGCCAAGCGGGUCACCAUCAUGCCUAAAGACAUCCAGCUGGCGCGCCGUAUCCGCGGGGAGCGCGCCUAA